CUAUACCAGCAUACCUUGAAGCCCAUAAUGUUCUCCAAGCUCGCCCGCUCUCAGAGCUUUGCUGUUCUCCGGCGAGGUGUUCACGCCUCGUCGAGUUCUGCUGCCUCAGUUGCUACUAAAAAAACCGUCCAGGGGCCUCUGUCUUCUGAUUAUAUAUUUGAUCGUGAGGCUAAAUAUGGUGCCCACAAUUAUCACCCACUACCUGUUGCACUGGAAAAAGGAAAAGGUGUUUACGUGUGGGAUGUUGAAGGUAGAAAGUAUUUUGACUUUCUGAGUGCUUACAGUGCUGUUAAUCAAGGCCACUGUCACCCAAAGAUCGUGAACGCUCUGAAAGCUCAGUCUGAAAAACUGACCCUUACAUCCAGAGCAUUCUACAAUGAUGUACUUGGUGAAUAUGAGGAGUUUAUCACCAAAAUGUUCAAUUACAACAAAGUUCUUCCAAUGAACACAGGAGUGGAAGCUGGAGAAACUGCCUGUAAAUUGGCUCGGAAGUGGGCAUACACUGUGAAAGGAAUCCCAAAAUACAAAGCAAAAAUAAUUUUUGCAGCUGGCAACUUCUGGGGCAGAACCUUGUCUGCUAUCUCUAGUUCUACUGACCCAUCCAGCUACGAUGGAUUUGGACCAUUUAUGCCAGGUUUUGAAGUGAUCCCAUACAAUGAUCUACCAGCUCUUGAGCGAGCCCUUCAAGAUCCCAACGUAGCAGCGUUCAUGGUUGAACCAAUUCAAGGUGAAGCAGGUGUGGUUGUUCCUGACAAAGGUUAUCUCACAGGAGUGCGGGACCUCUGCACAAAACACAACGUUCUAUUUAUUGCCGAUGAAGUUCAGACUGGUUUAGCCAGAACAGGGAAAAUGCUGGCCGUUGACCAUGAAAAUGUGAGACCUGAUCUGAUUCUUCUUGGAAAGGCCCUUUCUGGUGGCUUAUAUCCUGUCUCAGCAGUGCUGUGUGAUGAUGAAGUUAUGCUGACCAUUAAGCCUGGUGAACAUGGAUCCACAUUCGGAGGAAAUCCAUUAGCUUGCCGUGUUGCAAUGGCAGCACUGGAGGUAAUUGAAGAGGAAGACUUGGCUAAAAAUGCAGAAAUAAUGGGUAACAUACUGAGAAAUGAGCUCAUGAAGACACCAUCUGAUAUCGUGACUGCUGUAAGAGGGAAAGGGCUGUUAAAUGCAAUUGUAAUUCGGGAAACCAAAG